AUGGAAUUAGGCCAGAUAGAAAAUGUCUAUUUUAUCGGUAUCGGUGGAAUCGGUAUGAGCGCGCUAGCACGGUGUUUAAACUCUGCUGGGAAAACUGUUAUUGGAUACGACAAAUCACCAACGCAAUUAACACAGAAACUUGAAAACGAAGGCAUUUCGAUCCAUUUCGAAGAUAACAUCAAUCAUAUCCCCAAGAAUUUCACAAAAGAAAAUACUUUAGUCGUCAUCACUCCAGCCAUUCAAAAAUCCCAUACCGAAUGGAAUUUCUUUUUGCGGAACUCCUAUGUGAUCAAAAAACGGGCGGAAGUACUCGGAAUCAUUACCAAGAAUACAUACUGCUUUGCUGUCGCGGGAACACAUGGAAAAACCACCACUUCGAGUAUUUUGGGACACAUACUAUUCGAAGCGGGUGAGGAAGUUACGGCCUUUGUCGGAGGGAUUGUUGAAAAUUAUGGUUCGAAUCUGAUCGGGAGUGGAGCUAAGGUUACUGUCGUCGAAGCUGAUGAGUUUGAUCGGUCGUUUCUGCAACUAUAUCCAGAUGUUGCUUGUAUUACUUCCAUGGACGCAGAUCAUCUCGAUAUCUAUGGAGAUAAAGAUUCUAUUGAAACUGCUUUCAAAGAAUUUGCGGAGAAAGUGGAAAAUAAAAGUCGAUUAUUUGUGACGAAAGGUCUUCCGCUCUGUGGGAAAGCGAUUGCUGUUGGAGAAGACGCGGACUUCAAGGUUCUUGAUAUAAGGGUCGACAGCGCGAGCGGAGAAUAUCUAUUCAGCAUCCAAACACCGGACUGUAUUAUUCCUGAUUUACGCUUUGGGCUUCUAGGCCGUCAUAACUUAAGUAAUGCACUAAUGGCAUCGGCUAUGGCGUGGACACAUGGAAUUUCAGCAGACCAGCUACGGAGAUCCCUAUGCUCGUUUAAGGGAAUCAAACGUCGCUUUUCAUACCAGAUAAAAACCGAAAACCUAGUUUACAUAGACGACUAUGCCCACCAUCCAACUGAAAUCGAUGCGGUUCAUCAAGCAGUUCGAGAAUUAUAUCCCAGCAAAAGAAUUCUCGCGGUUUUCCAACCGCAUUUAUUUAGCCGAACGAAAGAUUUCAUUGACGGCUUUGCGGAAAGCUUGUCGAAGUUUGAUCAAAUAUUUUUGUUGGAUAUAUAUCCGGCCAGGGAACAUCCGAUAGAGGGGGUUACAUCUGAGUGGUUGCUUUCGAAAAUUGAGAGCCCGGGAAAAAGGCUGAUAGCGAAGUCUCACGUUAUACAUGAGCUUAUCGAUAGUGACCCUGAAGUUGUGAUAACGAUUGGAGCAGGUGAUAUUGGAGAGAUGGUUCCAGGUAUAAGAGACGCUUUGCUUGGACAAGAAGCCCGCUGA